AUGACGCGCCGCCGGUCGAUUUCGGCGGACACCGAACGUACCGCGCCGGCUCGUAGCGAUAAAACCGAUACGAAAUCGGCGGCGGCGCGGUGCCGGUAUUAUUUACCCCCGAAUGACUACGACGACGACGACAACGGACGACGCAACGCAACGCAGUCCGCCCGACGUUCGCCAGUCUUGUGCACACGCUCGCCGCGACGGGUUUUCUGUCUCACGUCGCUGUGUCUGAGUAUCUGCAUUCCGCGCAAAAAGUAUUUUGUUCGUAUUCGAUUAUUAACAUUUGAAUUUGCCGUUCACUGCUUGACGUUGUUUACCGGUCACCGGUACGCAAUAAUAACGAUAACACCGUCCGUUAUUUACCCGUUAGUAGUCCCUCGUCUCUCGAUAAUAAACAUCGGGGCACAGUGACGACGUUUGGUUUCGUACUGCGACACGUCAGUCGCAUACAAGCGUUUUUUCAUCUCCGUAUUUUCUUUUCAGUCCGUACCGGCAAAGCGAAUCUAUUUUCGCUUCAAACACCUCCGUCACCGCCGCCGCCGCCUCCGAUUGA